CAUGUCCUAGAAACGGAAAGUGUAAGGAAAAGGCGACUUCUGUGCUGUUUGUUCUGGACGCGUUCACUCCAUGCGUUGAGCUACAUUUCACCCCGGGGCGCCUGCCGGACACGCCUGCGUCCGAACCUGAAAUGCGUAAAGUCUCGCUUGCGGUCAGCGUUUCUGUCUAUAUACUGUACAAUAUGGUACAUAUCUGGCGCUAGGGGCGAAAAGCAACAUUCUCUAUCAGAGGGGCUCAAGCUUUCUUAUUCAGGGUGCCAUAGUUGUGGAUCCGACAGCCAGUCCCCUGACGACUACGAGCUUAAACGCUAACGUCCGAACCAUCUCCGACGAUCUCUGGCAUCGCGUGUCUGAGGAGACGGCCCAUUCCCACAAUACCCGGGGUCCUGAACGCUGUCAAGUACAUCACGUCCAUCGAGGACGGAGAAGAGGACCGAUGAAGGCGCAACGGGUCCUCGUCACCACAACCAACAGGCCAAGCGAUCCUACCACACGCGCACCCACCCGCAACCAACAAGCACUCAAAGUGGUGGUUCGUGUCCGCCCCCCGAAAAACGCAAAUUGCGAGCUCGCCGCAACAGUCGAAGAAAACAGCAAAGCCGGGAAGGCACGGAUCGUCAUACCAAAGCCGUUCCACGACAAUGGAACAAAAGCCUAUAGCUUUGACAAAGUCUACGGGCCGAAAGCGGGACAAGCCGACGUAUUUGUCGAAGUGGAGAACUUGCUGAAGGAUGUCUUUGAUGGAAAGAAUGCGACGGUGUUCGCAUAUGGGCAGACUGGGAGCGGGAAGACGCAUACUAUGAACGCCUACUCGAUGACAGGGAGCAUGAAUAACCCAACGAUCACGAUUGUGCGGGAGGACGCGGGGAUAACAUACCGGGCGGUGGACUGGAUAUUCGAUCAUAUCCAGCGGCAUGAACUGAAUGCGAGGGUGUGUGCGUCGUUUUUGGAGAUAUACAAUGAUGAGGUGUACGACCUGUUGCCGCGGUCGGCGGCGACUGGCGAAUUGCGCAAGCUGAGGCUGAUGACCGCAGGGCGAAAAGUUACGGUGCAAGGACUGUCUGAAGAAGUCGUUGCCGAUUCCGCCGCCUUCGAGAAGCUGUUCGUGGUAGCAUUACUGCAUCGCACAACAGCGGGAACGAAACUCAAUGUGUUAUCUUCACGGUCGCAUUUCAUGGUGCAACUGACAAUUCGGAUAGCUGGCGAGCACAAAGAUCUUACUUCGAAAUUGGCGCUGAUUGACUUAGCUGGCUCUGAGGACAAUCGCUACACGGGGAAUGAGGGGGAGCGCUUCGAAGAGAGCAGACACAUUAAUGCGUCGUUAUUUGCAAUACGAAAUGUGGUUUCGGCGUUGAAGGAUAGCAAAGCGCAAAUCCCAUAUCGAAACUCGAAAAUCACGCAGUUACUGUGCGAUUCCCUCGGCGGGACGGCGAGCUCUCUGGCGGUAGUUUGCUGUGCGCCAGAGCUGGAUAAUUUGCACCCGACGCACAACUCACUUGAGUUUGCAAAGGACUGCUGCUUCAUAAAGAACUGCGUGGAAGUCAACGAGGUGCGGCGGAAACCGCGAAUCAGCGACAACACCGAGAAGGAGAUGCGGGUCCCAGAAGCUAUUACAACCUCUGAACGGCGUCCAUCAAGAGACAACAAGGAGAAUGAGAGUAGCGAGCAGAAAGUGUCUCUGAAGGACGUUGAGAAGCUGUUCAGACCGAUGAUGGAGACGCUGAUAGCAGAACGCGAAAUCCAGCUUCGACGUACCCUCAACACGGAAAAGGAGGAACAGCAGGUGGUCGUUGACAACAUUUUGCGCGUCAUGAACACCGCGGGGUUGAAAGAGCUGAAGGCGUUGAAGAUGAUUGGAACGCAACGUGCGAAUAAAAUCAUACAAGCGAGAGAAACGAAGCCAUUCGAAACCCCGCAUGAUCUCAUGCGAAUAGGAUUGUCUCAGGAGCUCUUGAACACCAUAUUACAGAUUAAUUUCCAGAUGCCGAUGAACAUCUUAUGAUGUCGCCAAACGGCGGACAUAGGACAUGGACGGAUUUUCAUGGAUUUUGAACCAUCGUACACUGUAUAUUUUCUGUACAUUCACGUAGACACUAUCGGGCUGAAAAACAA